GUUGCGUAGACCACUUGGACCGAUUCCUAAUUCAUCCAAAUUUGCGCGCGUUCAAGUGAACCUGAAUGAACCGCAUGAUGAACACUCGUUUCUGCUUUCAUCGCUUUCAUGAAUCAACAUGUAGCAUAAACAGUAUCCUUUCGAAGGAAGUUUAUGCUGUCCGUACUGUUCGCUGGCCCGCAGGGCAUCUUGUAGAAGUAAUCACGUUUUUCUGCGUUGUUUAAGUGACAUUAUUUAGAUUGAUUUCAUAAGUGUUUUAGUUAGGAAUUGUUUCACAUGAGUGACUAUUUUGUGUUGACUUCGAACAAUGAAUCGAGCCCGGCGCAGCACAGCCGUUUACAACAAAAAGACCCCUAGAAGGCGGGAGCAGGUUAGUGACGAUGAUUUCGAGAGUGAUGGGUUUUCGGACGAGCCUGACGAUGAUGAUGGGGACUUCUCGGCCAGCGAGGAAGAGUGGCUUCCGGGAAAGGAUAAGGAAGGCAAGAGCGAUAGUGCAGAAGGGCAAGGAACCGUAUCGGAUGAAGACGAAGACGAGGAAUCGGAAGGGGUGUCGGAGAAUGAGGAGGGAGGUUCAGGAAGUGACGAGAGUGUGGUAGCUACAGGAAAGAGCGGAGCUAAGAAAAGGACGUCGAAGCCGUCGAACAACCCAUGGCCCAAGAAGAAACGGCUUUCGCCAGCAACGAGAGACGAACUGUACAAGCGUACCAAGAAGAACUUGCUUAGGGAGGUGGACCCAGAAUUACCCUCUUUGAACUCCAGUCUGUCGGAUAUCCUGAAGCAGUGUCAGUUCCAGAAGAAGAGAGACUUCUCCCACUGUUCAAAGCGAGAACCCGCCAAGGUGACCAAGAAAGCAAAGGGCGAAGAUGACUCAGACAGUAGCGGUGACGAUCACUUGAUGAAACCGGAGGAGUUGGAUUUGUCUUCCAAAUUUUUCGAUAAGGUUGACACGACAAAGCAGCGCCAUUCGGAAGAAGCUGCUCCGCAGUUCGAUUGCAAUGCAAGGAUGCGGUUGUCGGACAGUUCGGAGGAUGACGAGCAAGCAGAGGAAUCGAUACCGGCGUCCAUUCAGAAAGUGGCCGCACAACAGUUGAUCAACAAGAUAAACGAGUCGUCAGGCGAGUUUUUGAAUUUUAACAAUUUGGGAGAGUUCAACAAGAAGAUAGAGGAGGCGAAGAAGAUGCUGAAGGAGUAUCAAGCGAAGGAGAGUCAGGCAGAUUCUGAGAAUGCGGCUGGAGAAGACGUUUCAAAUUUAUUGGCUCUGGGUGAGGCGGAGGCUGGCACCUCACCUGGUGGGAGGGCAGAUGCUGGCCAACAAAAUGAGGAAGCGAGUGAAGAAUCUGAUUGGGAAGAGGUGGAAGAUGCCGCCAAAAGUCAGAGCCAGCCGACGGGGCAAUUACCGGAGGACUAUCAUAUAACGGUGGAAGUUGAGACGGCUAAGACUAAAAAGAAACGAUGGGAGGAGAUUGAGAUGGAACUGUACAUCAAGCGGCAGAUCAAUAAGGUCAAACGGGCGAAUCAACUAGCAUUCCACAAGAGUAGCGUUCUCUGCACGAUCGCAGGAGGGAAGAAGUUGAACGAAAUUGUGAACUCUGAAGGGAUGAGAGGUAAAGCGUUGUCCCUUAUGCAAUCCAGUCAAUGUGUGUUGAAGGGAAAGAUAGAUGAAAAGUUUGUAGAGCAGUUGAUGAAGUGGUUCAAGGGGACAUUUGAGCUUACUAGCGAACAAAUUAUGGGCCCAAAAUCCGCAAAAUUUAGCUUCACUCUGGCUUUGGAGCUGUUCACGCAAAAAGUUGUUUGCAAGAGGGAUUAUGUACUGUUGUUUUUGGUGUGUUUACGUGUAGCUGGGGUCGACUGUCGUCUGGUGAUUUCUGCCAACGUUCCGCCGAAACGUCCGGCUAUGAAGGAUCUAUGUCCCAUCUCGGAGAGACAGCUUAUCGAAGACUUUGAAAAACAAUACAAACGUAAAAUGGUUGUAAAGUCAUCCCCACAACAAGAAGAUGAAGAACCUAAGCUAACUAUUGUAAAGAAUGAAGAAAUAAAGACCGAGGAUAAAUCAGCUGAUGAAACAUCGUUGAACGAAAAAAGUGAAGAAGCGACCGAAAAAACUACUCGGAAGACUAACAAACUUUCAGCCAAAACUUCAAAAUCUUCAAAAAUCUCCGGAAAAUCACUUUCUAAAAUUGAAGUUGUAGAUCCGGCGGUAGAACCUCGCCGUACUAGAACACGCGCAAAAAGCACUCGCAAUGCUUCUGCGGACUCUUCUAAGAAAUUAAGAUUUUCUCCAGAGCCUGAAGUUCUUUCAGGAGAACCCUCGGGAAGUCCAGCAAAGGAAAACGCCCGACCCAGAAGAUCUAUUCUGAAACGUGCUUCGCCCCGGGUGGCCAACUCUCCUAAACGAGAGCCCCUCAACAGCCUGAUCAUACCGCAGUUGGAUGGAAUCGACGACUUGAAAUCGACUCCAAGAAGCGCCCCGAUUUCGCGCCGACUUCGAAGCCGAGUUAAAUCUUUGUCCGAUCCUAACGCCAGUUCCCCGUUCGCCAAGCGUAAAACCAACACACCGCAAGCCAAAGAAAAGAACAACAACCAACCGGGUCGAAUAUCCAAGAGAAAGCUCUUCGACGUUGCCAAACCGCUCAAAGAACCGACGACAGCAAAGCCAAAGUCCGCCAGAAACAAAAUCCUUACGUCGGAUUCGUCCGACGAAGAACCUCCCAAGUCGGAACCUCCAUCACCAGCUCUGAAUAAGAAACGCACCACCAGCCGAAAACCCAAACCCCCACAUUCAUCGGAGGACAGCGAUUUUGAGUCACCUGGCAAGAAGAAAGCCAAACGCUCCAAGAAGGUCAAGUCCGAAUCACCGAAAGCGGAGUCGAAAAAGAUAGCGGGUGGUAAACGGUCGACCAAGCAAAAGCAGCCGAAGAAAAAAGUAGUGGAGGAAGAGGAGGGCGACGACGGCGUAACAACGGCAUCGGCAGCCACCAAGAUGAACUUCUGGAUCGAGUUCUACUCGGACAAGGACAAACGGUGGAUCACGGUGGAUUUGUUCACCGGGAAGAUCAACUGCGUGGACUAUUUGGCGCGUCACGCCACCAGUCCCAUCAGCUACGUGUUCGGGUUCGAUAACCGUGGUCACAUCAAGGACGUCACCCCGCGAUACGUCCAGCAUUGGAACAACGUGAGCCGAAUGUUGCGCGUCGAGCCCAAGUGGCUGGAAAAGGCCCUGAAGCCAUUCCAGGCCAAGAAGACGGCACGGGAAAAGCUGGAGGACGAAGAGCUGAACAAAAUCCACAUCGAUAAGCCGCUGCCUACCACGAUUGCUGAGUGCAAAAACCACCCGCUGUACGUGCUGAAGCGCCAUCUGCUCAAGUUUGAAGCCCUCUACCCGGCGGACGUACCCAGUUUGGGAUUCGUCCGGGGCGAGGCCAUCUACGCGCGGGAAUGCCUUUUUGUGUUGCAAACUCGAGAAAAGUGGUACAAACAGGGCCGGGUGGUCAAGCCGUUCGAGACGGCCUACAAGGUGGUCAAGUGUUGGAGGUACGACAAGCUGAAAAACGAGUGGCUCGGGAAUCAACCGUGCGAUAUUUUCGGCGUUUGGCAAACCGAAGAGUAUGAUCCACCGACGGCGAAGAAUGGGCUGGUCCCGCGGAACGAGUACGGAAAUGUGGAGCUGUUCACACCGAAGAUGUUGCCCAAGAAGACGGUCCAUUUGCAGCUUCCAGGUUUGAAUCGGGUCUGCCGACGGCUCGGCAUCGACUGCGCCCCGGCACUGACCGGCUUCGAAAAGGCCCGCAUGCGUAUGGUUCCGGUCUACGAUGGGUUCGUGGUGUGCGAGGAGUUCGCCACCAAAGUCGUCGAAGAGUGGUACAAAGAGAUGGAGGAGGAAGACCGCCGCGAGCAGGAAAAGUUCGAAAAGCGUGUCUACGGCAACUGGAAGCGCCUCAUCAAGGGACUGUUGGUGCGCCGAAAGCUGCAAAACAAGUACAACUUUGAUAAUCUUUAGAGAAAACUGUGCUGGCAGCAGUAUUAUUGUAUUGUUUGUGUUAAUUUGAAUGAUUCAACAAGUAUUGUAUGUUUAUAUGUUCUUUUUUCAAUACUCAAACUUUUAUGCAUCACAAACUGUCGAAAUUGUAUUUAUUCUGUAGUCUACUCCUUACAAGUAACCCCCUGAUCAACUUUCUCCAAUUAUCGUAGAUCCUCUUUUUUCGUUUUUCGUGUUGUCUCCUGACCUGUUCCUGCUGAUCUGUUUCGUAUUGUGCUAGCACUUGCUGUUCAAACUCCUUGCAAAUUACAAUGC